AGAAAGGUGGCCGGUCAUUUAGUGGAAUAGAGACUUGUUAAAUACAAGCAAGUUUUGUGAGGCUGUGAGAUCUUGUGGUUCAGUAAACAUGAACAAAUUAAUAUUUUUAGCGUUAUUAGUGUUCCCAGCAGUCAUUUUCAUUUUCGAAAAUGGCAAAAUGGUAUCAUAUGCUGAAGAAGAUCCCAUUGAGGAUGAAGUAGAAGUUGAAGGGGAAGUAGACUCUGAUGUGGAAGCAACGGCUACAGAAGAAGAAGUGGAUGAAGAUACAAAGUCACUUUCGUCACCAUAUGCUGAUACUACCCUGUUGUUUGUGAAGCCUGAAUCUACUGGAGCCUCUCAACUAGAAAUUCCUGCUGGUCUACCUGUUGAAUUCCUAGUAGGAUUCCGCAACAAAGGUGAUCAAGAUUUUGUUGUAGACACCCUCGAAGCAUCCUUCCGCUAUCCAAUGGACUUCAACUUCUUCAUCCAAAACUUUUCAGCUGUUGGAUACAGCAAAGUUGUUCAACCUGAAGAAGAAGCCACUUUCCUCUAUAGUUUUCUACCAGCUGAAGCCUAUGCAGGCCGACCAUUUGGGUUGAACAUCUUGUUGAACUAUCAUGAUGCUUCAGGAAAUGCUUUCCAAGAAGCUGUCUUCAAUGAAACAGUCCAAAUUGUUGAAUUAGAAGAAGGUCUUGAUGGAGAAACAUUCUUCCUCUAUGUCUUCUUGGCUGCUGGUGUAGUAUUGCUCUUGGUUAUUGGACAACAAACUCUGUUAUCAGUUGGUAAGAAGCGCAGUGGAGGAAGUGGUGGUAGCAGCAGGAAAUCAGCACCUGUUGAGACUGGAACUAGCAAUCCAAACAAUGUUGACUACGAUUGGUUGCCAAAACAAACACUAGCUAGCUUAAACAAGGAAAAGCUCCAAAAGUCGCCCAAAGGCAAACCACAGAGCCCAAGGCAGAGGAAAGUCAAACGUACUACCGGUUCAGAGUAGUGAUAACUAGUGACUGAAUUAAAAAUUCAUCCAAUUCGUUUUCAUCUUGAUCAAAAGACUCGUCAUUGAAGUUACUAAAUUCUACAUCAUCAGAAAGACGAAAAAUUACUACUUUCUUUAGAUUUAUCUAAGGAAACGUUUUUGUGGAACAUCAACGACUCGAUAACAAAAUUCUUACACUUAAUACCUAAAUAGAAACGUUUUCUUAGAUUUUUCAUAAACUGUCAUUACUGUACGUACUCAUUUUUUAGUUUUUCCAGGAGGUAGUUGUUUUUUGUUCUUUCGAAAAACUAUUUAUAAUUUUGUAUAUUUCAGUGUGUUGUGAGUUUCCAGUUGUUAUAUUUGAAAUAGAUUAUAUGAUUGAAUAUAUCACGUGAAUAUUCAAAUUACACCAUAAUGGUGCUCAAAUGACCUAUUAAAGCGUAAUUUGAUUUGUAA